CCUUAUCAAUCAUUGCAAUAUCGAAUUGAGAAACAAAUUUUUAUUUAAAUCUGACGUUUCAAUUAAUUAACUAAAGAAAAUUAUUUUCUUGAAAAAUGAAGAAAUUGAUCAAGUUUUCUUGCAUUGGCAGUACUGCUAGUACAAGCAGAAGCAAAAAAGGGGGAGAAACGGUGCUAACGAGAAGUGUUUCACCCAGAAAUAUGGCUGCUUUAAAAGAUGUAGUUUCUCUGUACCAGAGUUUAAAGGAAGAAUGGAAGAAAACUCCGCCUAAUUUAAAUAAAUGCGGUGAAAUACUUAACCUAUUGAAGGUCGGGCUCACUCAUUUAACAUUUUUGCCCACCUCAAACAACAAUGCGUCCCAAAAAGAAUUACUCAUAGCACGAGAUAUUCUUGAAAUUGGAGCACAAUGGAGUAUAGCAAUGGGAGAUAUUCCAUCUUUCGAGCGUUAUAUGGCCCAACUGAAGUGUUACUACUUUGAUUAUAAAUCCAAACUCUCCGAAUCUGCCUACAAAUACCAAUUACUUGGAUUGAAUCUCCUAUUUUUGCUCUCGCAAAAUCGAGUUGCCGAGUUUCAUACCGAACUCGAACUCUUGCCAUCGGACCAAAUUCAAUCAAAUGCCUACAUAAGGCAUCCGCUGAGUUUGGAACAGUAUUUAAUGGAAGGUUCGUACAACAAAAUCUUCCUCGCCAAGGGAAACGUGCCAGCGCCUUCAUACAACUUCUUCAUCGACAUUCUUCUGAACACCGUUCGUGACGAAAUUGGUGCCUGCAUGGAGAGUGCAUAUGAUAAAAUUUCCGUGAAAAAUUCUGCGACGAUGCUGAAUUUGAAUACGGAAAAAGAUACUAUGGCUUUUGCGACUAAGAAGAACUGGAAGUUAUCGAAAGAGGGAUACUUUAAUUUCAGUACGCCCAGCGAAAAGAAAUCUGAGGAUCCGAUACCUAGUGCAGAUUUAGCUACUCUCGCAAUAGACUAUGCCAGAGAACUCGAAAUGAUUGUAUAAAUAUGCCUUUUUAUAUUCACGUCAUUUUCUGACUAAUUUUCUCCCAAUUUUUAUUUGAUGUAAGUUUAAAUAAAGUUUCUCAUACAGUAAUUGCAACUAA